AUGCUGAUCACACGAGGCUUUUCCCUAACCAACUUCAUCAUCGGGUCCUCCGCCCUCUGUUUCCAAGUCUUCAUCCUUUACCCCUGGCACAACAAACUCGAAAAGGACUUCGAGGAGAUGAGAGAUGCCCACAUCUCCUUAAUGAAACAGAGUGAGAAAAACCGCACCGAGGAACUAAGGGCCAUCCACGAGCGACUGCAGAACAUUAAACAGCCCCGCGGGUGGCUCUGGUAA